AUGCGUCAAAACAUAUUGUCUGUUGCUUCGGCAGUGGCUUCAUUGUCUUUUCUUCCGAUAACUCUUGCAGGAAACCCAGUUUAUCAGCCAUGCCCUCUCUUGAAAGCUUACUAUCAUAUGCCGACCAUCGACAAGAACGCUGAAGCUGUCAAAUCCUUCACCAAAAGCUUUACGGGGUUGUUCGACCAGCUUGUGAAAGCGGGCGGCUCCGAAGACUUUAGUGAGAUCGCACCCAACACCACUUCUUUUUCAGUGGUCUUGUUCUCGGGCUCUGUCAGAUGUCUGGGCUGGCAAGAGAAUCUGCAGCCCGUUGCCGACACAUUAAACCUUCGCAACGGCACUGGUCUAAUUAGACACUACGCGAGCUACUUUGGCCUAGCCCCUGACUUCAACGCUGGGUUCGCGAUCCUCGCGCACGAUACUGAAGCAACCCGCGGCCCGGAUCUAAAUGUUUACGCCGACAUCGUUUCUCUGGCGAUUGUAAAGCUCCAAGAGCUCGCCGCUACUGAGGCGACGGCGCGAUAUGUUGGCACCUUUGAAGGACCUGGGGGCGUUGCCGCUUUCAACACCUCGCGCGACGGGCCUGGGCUGCUUGUCUCGACCUUAACAGCUGGAGAGAAUGACCUCCGUGCCCAGAUUGCGAAUGCUGCAGGCAUCAAGUUGGAGGACCUGGACUUCCGUUUGUAUCCAAGCAACGUUGGUUCGAAUACUCAACACCAGUUUGUGGCGGUUUUCCAGGACAAGAGCGCUCCAGUCGACAUGGGCACGCCGACCUGUAUUACUUGGCAGGACGUUGACUCUCUGGGGUCAAGUGUGGACGUUCGAGUGGUUUUCACCAUUGAUGCAUCUGGUAAGGCUACCAAUGUUACUCUGAAAGGUGGUUUCCUGUCAUUAGGUAGAUCAGCUUGA